AUGGAGAACUUGGACCUGAUGGGCUUCCUGAUCAUCACGUUAAACUGUAACGUGACCAUUGUGGGCAAGAUCUGGCUCAUCUUCACCCUGCUGGUGAGGAUGCUGGCGGUGGUCCUGGCAGGGUACCCCAUCUACCGGGACGAGCAGGAGCGGUUUGUCUGCAAUACUCUACAGCCGGGCUGCGCCAACGUUUGCUAUGACGCCUUCUCGCCGGUGUCGCCCCUGCGCUUCUGGCUGGCGCAGAGCGUGUCGGUGCUCCUCCCGUGCGCCAUCUUCAGUGCCUACGUCCUGCACCGGGGGGCCCAGCUCGCCGCCUCGGACGCAGGCGCCGGGGCCCGCCGGCCCUCGGACCUGCCCGGCGGAGACGGGCGCUGGCCAGCCCCGCGCGGGGCCGGGCGCCUCCGCUCCGUGCCCGACUUCUCCGCCGCCUACCGGGCGCACGUCUCUCUGCGGACGCUGCUGGAGGCUGCGUCCGGGGCCCUGCACUACCUCCUCUUCGGGUUCUGGGUCCCCGAGCGCUUCUCGUGCGCGCGGCCGCCCUGCUCCAGCGCGGUGGACUGCUACGUGUCGCGGCCCACGGAGAAGGGCGUGCUGAUGCUGUUCUUCUGGGCGGUGAGCGCGCUCUCCUUCCUCCUGGGCGUCGCCGACCUGGCCUGCGGCCUGCGGAGGAGCGGGAGCGCGGGCUGCGGGGCGGGGCAGCUCCCCCGGCCCGGCCCCGAGCGGGCGGGCGGCGGCGGCGGCAGGCGUCCCGGAGGCGGGCCCCCGGGCUCUCGAGCCCACCUGGCUGGGCACGACUGCGCCCCGCGACUGCAGCCCCCCGGCCGGCCGGCCUCCGAGGGCAGCGCUCCGCACCUGCGAGCCCAGAAGUCCGAAUGGGUCUAG